ACUCGUCGCGAGUGUUUGUGGUCGGAGCGCAGUUCUGUUCGUCGCCGUCAACAGCGUCGUAUAUUCGUCAUUUUGCGUAAAUCUUCUAACUGUUUUACGUGCGAGGCGUCUUUAUGCAAAUGCGAAAAGAGCGUGUUGAGGCUUAAAAAGUUGUUAACAUUAAAUCUGCAAAGCCAUCAAACAGCUGCCGGAAAAUUGCCAGAAUAUAAGUCGAGCUAAGUCAUAAAUAUCCUGCUGGCAGCGAACUUUUCGCUGCUUUGAACUGCUCAACAACGCGUCGCGCUUCUAAUUGGAAUCGCACCGAUUGAAUAGCAGCCAACAAAUAACGGUUAGCCUAGUGCCGACAUGCAAACAAAACAAGUGUGCCGAAAGUGCGUAGAAAUGCAAUUGGAAAAGUGAUUUGACGGAGCCUCAGUUUUGUUAACACACACUAAAGCCAAAACCUCACAAGAUUUAUAUGUACACAUGUACAUGUGUGUGUGUGUGUGUGCGCGCGAGUGUGUGUGUUGGUGUCAAUGUGUCAGUGCAUAAUGUGAGCAAUGAAACGUACUUAUUAUAAUCCAGGAUAUAUUCACAACUGAGCAAACUAAUAAAUAAAUAAACAAUUUAUUUGUUCGACGAAUCGGAAAAACUAAUUCGUUUUGCAAUAGAUGAAAAGGUAUGUCGCAGUUGCCGCAUAAAUCGCACGAUUUGUUCAACAGAUAUAGAAAAAUUUAUACCCAGCAGCACAAGAACUCUGUCAGCCAUGACGUCCAAUAACUGGUGAUUCUCCACCUCAAAUCGCACCUCAACAGCAGUAUCAACAGCAACCACAAGAAGAGGCACAACAACAAAAAGGAAGCAAACAGCCGUUCGGGCUGAUACGAACAACCAACAAAAUGGAAACCGACACACACAACAACCACAACAACGACAACAACAGCUGCAACAACAACUUCAGCAAAUACAACUCACACACAAAGUGGCGACAAGAUAGCAAGCCUCCGUCUCUGACAGGCCGGCCAACAAGUUUGUCCUGGCUGGCGAUGCACAUUCCCCUGAUGUUGCUGCUGCUGCUGUUACCUGGCCGCACGGACGCCUUCUGCCCCUCGAAGUGUCAAUGCCUGGGCGGCGAUGCGAACAGUCGCGCCCUGUGCGUGGAUGCGGCGCUCGAGGAUGUGCCCAUUCAGCUCAAUCCGGAAACAAAGUACAUAAAUCUCACGCUGAAUCGCAUACGCAAUCUGGAGUUCACGCUGCCCUUCUACAUGAAGCUGGAGGUGCUGGAUCUCUCGCAGAACAUCAUCGAGACGCUCGGCUCGAAGAACUUUGAAUACCAAACGGAGCUGCGCACGCUCAACCUGAGCAGGAAUUUGGUCAGCGCGCUGCAUAAGCACGCCUUCAAGGGUCUGACCAAUCUGCUGCUGCUGGACCUCAGCUACAAUCGCAUUGAGACAGUGCAUCCCACGGCGCUGGGCGAUCUGGCGGCGCUCGUGGAGCUGGACCUGACCAACAACAAUAUUGUUAGCCUCGAGGACAACUGCUUCAAGGGCAUGCUGUCGCUGGAGGUGCUCGUGUUUCGCAACAAUCGGCUGCUCGAUGUGCCGGCCAGCAAUCUGUGGCAUCUGCAUGCGCUCAAGAGCCUGGACAUGUCCGAUAAUCUUGUGGAGUUUGUGCGCAACGACAGCUUCGAGGGUCUCAAGGAGCUGCUGGCCCUCAGCGUGCGGGGCAAUGUGAUGAGCGAGCUGGAUGUGGGCGCCUUCGAGGGCCUCAUCUCGCUCAAGCAUUUGGAUCUAUCGGAUAACAAUUUGACGAUGGUGCCCACGCAGCAGCUCUCGAAACUUUCAAAUCUCACUUAUUUGAACUUGGGCGGCAAUCGCUUCGCCCACUUGCCAGCUGUAGCAUUUUUAAACUUGUUUCAUUUGCGCGAAUUGCACUUGAGCCGCCUGGACUAUUUGCAGCGCAUCGAUUCGAGAGCUUUCGUGGACAACACGCACCUGCAGACGCUUCAUUUGAACUUCAAUCCGCAGCUGAGCGACAUACCCAUGCGCCUGUUCCAGGGCAAUCCCAACAUACUGGAGGUGUACAUGCAGAGCAACAGCCUGCAGACGCUCUACUCGGCUCAGUUUCCGGUAGACCAGCUGCAGAAGCUGUACCUGGGCGAUAAUCCGCUGCAGUGCAACUGCUCGCUGCUCUGGCUCUGGCGCCUGGUCACGGGCAACUUUGAAGGCGCUGAGCCAGCGGCGGAGCAUGCACAGGGCGGGGCAGUGGCUGCCUUGGCCAAGGAGGCGUCGCUGGUGCGGGAGCAGGAGGACGACACAACGCUCAAGGUCGACGACGGCGUAUCUGCCCUGGCGGCCUACAUCGCCGAGCAGCACAUUGCGAAUGCGCUGCAGACCACCGAGCCGAGCGCGUACGAGCAACGGCUGGAGGCAGCUGCCAGCGCCAGCGCCAGCUCGAGCAGCGGCUCCAACUAUUUGCGCAUGGACAAGCAGCAGAUCGGCUGCGACAUUUGGCGGGACGCGGUGCGCACGCGCCGCCAGCUGCUGGCCAUGAGCGAGGGCGAGAUCACCUGUCCGGCGCACAUUGUGACCGUAGUCUGUGCGGUGAUCACCAGCCUGCUGGUGCUCAUGAUCGGCAUCAGUGUGCUCUACUACCUGCGCUUCGUGAAGCGCCGCCGCAAGCUGCUGCACGAGCGUGGCCCGCUGCGCACCAGCAAGAGCAUCAUCAAUGUGCACGACCGCAUACUGCAGGGCCACCAUCAGCCGCUGGGCGGUGGCGCCGGCAUGAGCAUGACCCUGGGUGGCUCGGGGCCUGGCGGCCUGGGCAUGACGCUCAACUAUCCGCAUCAUGCGCAGACGCUGCAGGCGCAUCAUCACUACCAUCAGGCCAUGCCGCUGCAGGCGCAUAGCGGCCAUGAGUAUCAGCAGACGACGCUGCCGCAGCUGGACAAGCUGGAGCUGGAGCGCUAUCUGGCGGCGCAGACCAUUGCCAACGAGUACCGGGCACUGAAGCCCUGGGAGCUGCCCGUCAAGGAGGCAGACGACGAGCCGGAGCAUCUGUACGAGCGCUUCGAUCACUACGAGUACCCGGACACGCACACCAUGACCAAGCUGAAGCAGGCCGCAGCGCUCCAAGGCAGCGCCGUGGCAACAGCUGCCAACGCUGCCAACGCUGCCAACGCCGCCGGCGCCAACAGCAAGCCGCAUGUUGUCUACGUAUGACGUGGACGUGGCGUUGCUGGCAACCACAAACAGCAGCAGCAAAAGCAGCAGCAGCAGC